AUGCAUUUAUUAGUUGGGUUAAGCAAUACUCAUCGAAGUAUAAGCCUAAGAAGUAUAUCCCAGCGAUAUUUAUCAGCACCUAUAAAGAUAAAUACACGAGCCUACGUCCGGCCACAUUAUUAUAAUUUAACUGAACAAAAAUCUUUUCUACAAAAUAAUCCCAUUAAACGAUUUAUAAAUAAUACAGACCCUAAUAAAGUACUUUGGACCGUCAUCGGUACUAAUGUUGGUGUCUUUUUAUUAUGGCAAUAUUCUUUCAGCUCAUAUAAACAAUUUGGUGAUGCUAAUUGGCUUAACUUUAUGGUUAAGAAUUUUGUUAAUUCAUCUGAGGCUAUUCAUAAUGGAAGAUAUCAUACAUUAUUGACUUCAUGUAUUUCACAUAAAUCUUUGGACCAUCUUGGAAUAAACAUGUUUGUUCUUUAUAGUAUAGGUCAAGGUGUAAUUGAAGCUAUUGGGGCAUCUCGCUUCUUAUUACUCUAUGCUGGUGCUGGUUUAGCUUCUUCAAUUAUAAGUAUUGGAUUUAAAAAAUAUAUUCGACCCCUGUUGUCAGAUAAGAACGAUAAACAAAUAAUAACUAAAGGAUCUAUGGGCGCCUCAGGUUCUAUUAUGGGUAUUACUACUUUCUUUGCUUGUGCAUUUCCAAAGACAACAUUUUUAGUUUUCUUUAUUGUACCUAUGCCUGCAAUAGCUGUUGUGGGCUUGUUUGCAGCUUAUGAUAUAUAUAAAGAAAUGACAUUAAAUGUAAGUUAA